GCAGGUUAUUUCCAACAUGGACAGGAUCCAUGAGGAGAGACCAAACACCCCUGAAACCCGCUGUGCAUCCAGCGAUGAAAGUUAUGAAAGUGACCACUCAAGGGAUCCACCUCUUAUAUUCAAAGAUGGACACUGUCCUCCUGAAAUGAAGAUCCAUGAAGAGAGACAAGAGUCCACUGAAACCAGCUGUGUGUCCAUGAAGAGUGACCAGUCAAGAGAACCUCCUCUUGUAUUCAAAGAUGGAUGCUCUUUUCCUGAAAUGAAAACUGACCAGACGAGGUCUGAGGAUCCCACUGAUGACUCUGCCCAACCGCACAAAUCUGACCUAGACUCCAUAUUUAUGGUGCUUGAAGAGAACAUUGUCACUUUUGUGAAGAAUGAGCUGAAGAAGUUUAAAAGGGUUCUGAGUCCAGAUGACCCAAAAUGUUUGGAGAAAAAGAGGGAGGAUGAGGAUGUGAUCGAUACUGAGGAGGAGGAGGAGCACACAAGGAGGAGCAGAGAGGCUUUUCUGAAGAUCACACUGAACUUCCUGAGGAGAAUGAAGCAGGAUGUGCUGGCCGACUGUCUGCAGAGCAGUAAGAGGCUUUCUACAAGUUUGAAAUUUGACCAAAGAAAAAAUGGUCAUUACAUUUCCAAAAUGUCUUUAAAUGUUUUUCAGGGGAGGUUCACAUGCUAUAUGCCACACCCAGACAGGAUUCUACAGGACGUUAUCUAAUCUCAUCCCAUUAACACAUUUGUUUAUCCAGUCUUAUUUUUUUGAUAAAAAUCCCUUAU